AUGGGUAAGGGUACUCCAUCUCUCGGUAAGCGUCACAACAAGUCCCACACUUUGUGUAACAGAUGUGGUCGUCGUUCUUUCCACAUCCAAAAGAAGACCUGUGCUUCUUGUGGUUACCCAGCUGCUAAGUUGAGAUCCCACAACUGGGCUUUGAAGGCUAAGAGAAGAAGAACUACCGGUUCCGGUCGUAUGCAAUACUUGAAGCACGUUGCUAGAAGAGCUAAGAACGGUUUCCAAUCCGGUGUUGCUAAGCCAUUGGCUGCUUAA